ACUAAGAUGACGGAUCUCGAGAUCUGACCAUCUAGCCUCUGGCCGACCACCUCCGACGAAGGAGUUGGCUACCAUCGCCAGCGGCAUCGGCCAUAUCAGAUCUGACCGGAGACGCCGUGUCAACAAGGCCAUACCCCCACGAAGCCGCCGGAGCAGCGCCGAACCGCCCGGAAAGACGAAGACCGAAGGGAGUUUUCUCGCGCCGCCGGGGCCAUACAAGGGUAUUAAAAGGGUUCGCUUCGUCUCCGCUUUUCACACACGCAUCUCCACCUCCCGAUCCCAGUGACGCCCACGCCCAUUUUCGUCACCGGCAUGUGCUCGCCAUAGGCCACCGUCGGCUUCCCAUCUUCCCUGGCGCCGCCCCCAUUGGGAGCCUUUGGAGGCUAUGAACGAGGUGCGCCGAGUUUUCGACCUCGACCUCGCCCAACCCGCUGGCGGCGGCCGCGGUACGCGACCUCUCCCCGAUCAGGCCCCUUGUCCCGCCAUCCCGGCCGCCAGCCGUCAGCGUCGCGCCAUCGUCUUCACCUUGGUGCCGCCAUCUCCUUCUUGCCUAUCCUCGACUUCUACGCCCGGGGACUGCCCUGCCUACCUAUCUCCACCAGCGAGCUCUGGGCGGCCUGUCCUAGACAAGAAAUAGUGGAUUUCCUUGCCGGCUCUAGCGACGAGCUGCGCGCGAGGAUACACGGGAAAAAAUUGUAGGAGGGAGGACCGUACAGUUCGGCAUGGCCGGGUUCCGGCCGGUGCACUCGCCGCCGGCAUUGCCUACCAGGCCAUGUCACGCUGGCACUUCCCUGCCGGAGUGCCGGGCCUGGACGUCAAGGCGGAGAACGGCGUCCUCCAUCUCGGAUGGAAAGGGCGCAUGGUGGCCGUCGCCUCCGCCUUUGAUUAAUCUGGGGGCCGUCCUCGGCCGAGCGCAUAGCCGUCGCACGGAAGGGAGACGAGGCUACAUCGUCCGGGAGAGAAUAGGCUUGGCCGGGAUGCCCACUUUUUGUUCGACGGAAUGCCGGCCUCACCAACGCCAUGCCGGGCGAUCGACCGUUUACGCAUCGCAUCCUACUCCAUCAGAAUCCUCUAAAGCUGAUGUGCAUAGUGCUGAAGUAGAUGCUGCAUAUGAGCAUCACGCAAUGGCUAACACCGCCACAAUGAAUGAAAGGAAAAUGAUGUGUCUACAGAUAACUACUGCACAAAAUUAACUCCAUCUAAUACCCAUUUCUCCUGUGGAGAAAUAUCUGAGCAUGCUUAUCAGUGCAAUAUUGUGAGAAGGUAUCAUUUGCUGCAUAAUUUUCAGAGGACUCAUCUGGCAAUCUGUUGCCUUUUCAAUUUCAACUACAUGUCUGGUUUUACACUAUCCAUUUCGGACUUUUGUACCUAGCUAUUGCUGUGACAAAAGACCUUUUCUCUAAAAAUGUAAG